AUGAUGUUGAAAGAUUUAUUAUCUAAGAACUCGUGUAAAACUGAGCCGAUGUCAGUUGUAUUAUGUAAAUGGUUUACUGUUGUAGUCUUUACAUCGAUAUCAUUAGCUAUUUUGGUUGUAUUAUCAGUUGGAGUACCAAGUCUUACAAUUUGUCUUGAAUAUAUAACUCAACCUAUUCAUUAUAAUAAUAAUAUCUGGGAAGGAGGGUUUUCGCCAGCUAAUUUAUCAUUUUCCAGCUCUUCUCAAUAUCAAGAAAUAAUUCUUUUCAUUACAAUUACUGAUCCGUCAUAUAAUUAUACUGUGGAUUUUAAUACAGUAGCUAUUAAUAUGCACGAUUCAGAAUAUCUUCCGUUUGACGAUUCAUAUAAGAAUACAUCUAAUAGUGUCUAUUCAGCUUUUAACACGGCAAUUGAACACAGAAACGAACAUGGCUUGGGAGUAACAAAGAUGCGUUCCCGAUUAUUAUACAUUAACAUCACGGCAGCAGUAGCAGAAGAUAAUUCAGAUAAUUCUUCAUUUUUCUUACAAAACCAUAUUUAA